AUGUACUCCACCCUGCUCAUACCGCCAGCAGGGAAACUGACACAGCAGACAUCAUCGGCGGCACAUGUCUGCGCUACGACAGGCCGUCUCUUCAUAACGGACAGAGUCAACAAACGGCAGUUCCUGGUCGACACGGGUUCGGACAUCAGUGUAUACCCCCGCAGGCUCGUACAUCGACGCAUGGAACGUACCAACUAUGACCUGUGUCCGGCUAAUGGCACUACCAUCCACACAUACGGAUGGCUGCCUCUCAGCCUCAACUUGGGUCUAAGCCGAGAAUUCACGUGGCGGUUCGUGGUGGCCGACGUCACGCAUCCUAUCAUCGGCGUGGACUUCCUAUCGCAUUUCGGUUUCCUGGUGGACUAUCGGAACAACCGCAUUCAGGGCGGGGUCACGAGUCUUUCAGCCCCGGCCUCAGCGGCCGACGCACUGAUCCCCAGUGUAAAGACCAUCAGCAACGACACACCGAACGACAUCCUCACAGAGUUCCCGGAUCUGAAACGCCCAGCCAGGGUCCAGUGCGAAAUACGACAAAACACCGUCCACCACAUCAGGACUGUACCUGGCCCACCACGGCGACUGGCACUGGACCGGCUCGCUAUCGCAAAAGCCGAGUUCGAUGCCAUGUUGCGGGAUGGUACAGCUCGCCGUUCUGAGUUCCUGGUCCUCGGAACUACACAUGGUGCCCAAAAAAAAGACAACGGUUGGCGUCCAUGCGGCGAUUACAGAGCGCUCAACUCCCGAACCAUCCCUGUCCACCCUUAA